CAUUGACGACGCAUGAAAAUGAGAGGCUUCUUGCUCGGAUUGCUUUGCUUUUUCUGCGCGUACGGCUCUAUUUGGGCCGAAUCCACUUGCAAGCUGAAGGCCAAGUUCAACUUGAACGGCUACAAGAAUGUAGAGAAGAAAAGGGUCGUCAUUGGGGGAAUGUUUCCUGUCCACAUGCGUGUUGCUUCCAGCGACGGCAACACUUCGAACCUGCCUGUCUCCUCUGGUUGUGCUGGAUUUAAUUUCCGUACCUUCCGCUGGACACAGACGAUGCUGUUCGCUAUCAAUGAAAUCAACCAGAGGGAAGACCUGCUCCCCAACACCGACCUGGGCUAUGUUAUCUAUGAUUCAUGCUUCACCAUCUCCAAGGCCGUGGAGGGAACCCUGACAUACUUGACUGGACAAGAUGAAGCAGUACCUAACUAUCGUUGUGGCAACGGGCCACCUCUUGCCACUCUAGUGGGUGCUGGGGGUUCUGAUCUGUCUAUUGCUACAGCCAGGAUACUGGGGCUUUAUCAUUUUCCACAGGUCAGCUACUGUUCAACAUGUUCUGCACUGAAUAAUAAGUUCCAGUUCCCUACCUUCCUAAGGACCAUCCCUAACGACCUGCACCAGUCCAGAGCUAUGGCACAACUGGUGCUGCACUUUGGCUGGACCUGGGUAGGGACCAUCGCUGCUGCUGAUGAUUAUGGUAAAUACGGCAUCAAGGACUUCAAGGAGCAGGUGGAGGAAGCUGGAGUCUGCAUUGCCUUCUCUGAAACUCUGCCUAAGGUGAGCUCACCAGAGGCCAUCCAGAGCAUUGUUCAAACUGUAGUUGAGUCCACUGCCAAGAUCAUUGUGGUCUUUUCAUCAGAUGUAGACCUCAGUCCUCUCAUCGGCGAACUUCUCCGCCACAAUGUGACUAACCGCACCUGGAUUGCCAGCGAGGCCUGGGUCACCUCUGCCCUCGUCAAUCAGCCUGGGGUGAACUCACUCCUGUCUGGAACCCUUGGUUUUGGGGUGAAAAAGGCUGACAUCCCUGGUCUUCAGCGCCACCUACUGGAUCUGGAUCCCUAUGCAGAUAACCUCACUGAGGAAUUCUGGGAGACCCUGUUUAACUGCACACUGGACAUUAACAAAGCGCUGAGAAUCGCCAAAGAGGCCAACGGCACACUGUCCAGGGCAGUGGGGGCGUCACCAUAUGGUCUGUGUACUGGCAGUGAGUCUGUGGCUCAGCUCAACAACACCUACUCUGAUGUCUCUCAGCUACGAAUCACUUACAGCGUUUACAAAGCAGUGUAUGCUGUGGCCCAUGCCUUGCACAACCUGGAGCACUGUGAAGACGGAAAAGGCCCCUUUGUUGGAGGCAGCUGUGCCAACAUCACUAAUUUUGAGCCUUGGCAGCUGAUGUAUUAUGUGAAGAACGUGCGCUACAAAAUGCCAAACACUGGGGAGGAGAUCUACUUUGAAGACGGUGAUAUAGAGGGCUUUUAUGACAUCAUUAAUUGGCAACUCAGUGAUAAUAGAGAGAUAAUUUAUGUCACCGUGGGACACUACAAUGGAUCUGCCGCUGCAGAGGAGAGGAUGCACAUAAGGAAUGAGUCCAUUGUUUGGAACAAUGAAGAACUGGAGGUCAGAUAUUUUAUUAGAACAGCAAUGCUUGUGUCAUGUGAUGGCAUGUCUAGUUAUCUCCUGUUUAUUUCCAAGCCUCCUCGGUCGGUGUGCAGCGAGAACUGUGAGCCCGGCACCAGGAAGGGGAUCCGGCAGGGGGAGCCGGUCUGUUGUUUUGACUGCAUCCCCUGUGCUGACGGAGAAAUCAGUAACACCACAAAUGCCCGUGAAUGCAUCCUGUGUACAGGAGACGACUGGUCUAAUGAUGCUCAUGACGCUUGUGUGCCUAAAAUCAUUGAGUUCCUGGCCUUUGGAGAACCGCUGGGAAUCACCUUGAUAGUCAUCUCUGCCUUUGGUGCUUUAGUAACCAUAGCUGUUGGGGUGGUGCUUAUGAUGUACAUCGGAACGCCUCUGGUGAAAGCCAAUGAUGCUCUGUUGAGUUUCUUGCUGCUCUUGUCACUUGUUGUAACUUUCCUCUGCUCUAUUGUCUUCCUUGGCGAGCCACAAAACUGGAGCUGCAUGACUAGUCAAGUAGCCUUAGCUCUUGGCUUUGCUCUGUGCCUUUCCUGCAUAAUGGGUAAGGCAGCUGUGCUGAUGCUCAGAGCUCGGGCUCUGAAAAAGGCCAGAGCCAAAGCCAAGGCAGCUGCCAAAGCGGCCAAGGCUGCAGCCGAAGCAGCAGCUAACAGAGGCAGUCCUGAUGUGAUAGUAACCAGCUCAAACCUCAAUGAUACUGCUGCUUUGGAUAAGCCAGAAGUUGACAUUCUUACCUUCGGGCAUCAGAGGGCAAUAGCUGCCGUAGCAACAUUGAUACAGGCUGUAGCGUGCACUGUUUGGCUCAUCAUCCUCCCUCCACACCCGGUUAAGAACACCGCUGCCCAGAAUGUAAAGAUUAUUCUCGAGUGUGAUGAAGGUUCUGUGAUCUUCAUCUGUUGCAUCUUUGCAUAUGACAUCCUGCUGGCUCUGCUGGCUUUCAUCUUUGCUUUCACAGCCCGCAAACUGGAAGACCACUUCAGUGAAGCCAAGUCUAUGACCUUUGGCAUGCUGGUCUUCUUCAUUGUCUGGAUCUCCUUUGUCCCGGCUUACCUCAGCACACGAGGAAAGUUCAUGGUUGCUGUCCAGAUUUUUGCCAUUCUCGCCUCCAGCUUUGGCCUUCUCACCUGCAUCUUCCUCCCCAAAUGUUACAUCCUUCUCGUCAAGCCCGAGCGCAACAAAGAGGAAAUGAUGAAGCCCAGGCCCAAACCCAAAGAUGGCUCCUCCACUGGGACAUCAGCAUCUCUUGCUACAGCGGCUACUGAUGUCAAUGCAUCAUUUGCAUCAACGGCUAUUGAUGAUCAGCCUGAAAACUAAGAUAAUCCAGAAAGAAAUAAAAACAUCACAUUAAGUUGGGCUUCCUGUUCUGUUUGUGUAGGGGGAUUUUUUAGCCAAAAAUGAAUGUACAUUUAUCUAUUUUAAAAAAGAAAAUUGCUGUGGUAUUUGCUUAUGCAAAGACAUGCAACAUGUUUAUUUUCUUUUUGUUAACAUGUAGCAUAUUUAAAAUUGAAGCCAUGUUUUCAUUGCCUUUCUAUUGUUACAUAAUGUUUAUUUUAACUGGUUUUGUUUACAUCCCAUUUAUCUUUAUGUUAUGUUUCAGUACAAAGU